UCAAGGGAACAGGAAGAUUUGUAUUGUUCGUAUCUAGUUGUGGUUUUCGGCGUGGUUGUCGAAAAUAGCAGGACCAAAAUGCUUCAAGAAGGCAAUGGAAGAGUCAAAGUUUACGCCAGAAUUCGGCCAACGGCGCGAUUCGCGCAGGAAAUGAUCGAACUCUUACCCGAUGGAAAAUCGAUCAAUAUUCACUGCCAGAAAGAUUUGAGACGUGGUUACAUCAACAACCAAAUACUUGACUGGAGUUUUAAUUUGGAUCGCGUUUUACACAACGCCAGUCAAAGCGAUGUUUAUGAGGAAUGUGCAAAGAGAAUCGUUACCGAGGGCUUAGACGGUUACAACGGAACGAUUUUGGCGUAUGGGCAGACGGGAGCGGGCAAGACUUUCACAAUGACUGGUUCGACGGAGAAAUUCCAACAUCGUGGAGUUAUCCCACGGGCAAUUCAACAGGUUUACAGAGAGAUACGGGAAAGGUCUGAGCACGCUGUGACUGUACGGAUCUCAUAUUUAGAAAUCUAUAACGAGCACAUGUUUGAUUUGCUUAGUACCUUGACCGGGGCCCCUUUGUUAGAUCCUUCUCAGAUGACCGUCACAGAGGAUGAUGAUGGAUAUACAAGAGUCAAAGGGCUCAGCAUUCAUCAGGCUAAUAGUGAAGAAGAAGCCUUGAAUUUACUCUUUGAGGGCGAAACUAAUCGUAUUAUCGCUCAACACGCAUUGAACAAACGUUCAUCUCGCUCGCAUUGCGUGUUCACCAUCUACAUCGAGUCACACUCGCGCGUCGAGUCCAACACGAAGUACGUCACCUCUAAGCUAAACUUUGUGGACUUGGCCGGAUCUGAGCGACUGGGGAAGACUCUGUCUGUAGGUGAUACCCAGGUGGAAGCCAUGUACAUCAACAAAUCGCUGACCUUCUUGGAGCAAGCUGUGAUAGCCUUGGCAGACAGAAGGAGAGAUCAUGUCCCAUUCAGACAGAGCAAACUCACUCAUGUGUUAAAAGAUUCCAUUGGUGGGAAAUGCAACACUUUGCUGAUUGCAAAUGUAUGGGGAGAGGCUGCUCACAUUGAAGAAACGCUUUCCACGUUACGGUUUGGCAGUCGAAUGAUGAACGUGCCAUCAGAACCUGCUGUUACGGAGCACUUCGACAUGAUGAGACUCUGCAAACAACACGAGAAAGAAAUCCGAACUCUUCGACAAGAACUCGCCAUGCACGACACACUGACAAACCGCAGUCAGAUCUCCUACGAGCCGCUUUCAGAAUCUCAAAUCCAGGAUGUCCGCGAGCAAGUAAAACGAUUCUUGGCGGGUGAAAUGAACGAUAUUGAACUCGUCAAUGUUCGGCAAAUUAAAGAGACGUUCGCGCAGUUCCGAGUUAUUGUGAACACGAUGAAGGAGGACGUUGAGGAAAAGCUACGAGAAAAGUACGUGUUACAGGAGAGAGAUGGAACAACUUCCGCCGCGGCAGAUAAACAAGGCACCGUCCGGGGUGAUGACAGCGGAUUGGUUGGAGAAGUCGACGGCCGAGGAUUUGGUGUAGGUGUUGUUCCCCCUGGUGUAAAACCAAAUGUUGCAACCUUGGUAAGCACCAGGAAGGUAAAGAGUCGGGGAAAAGCUAAAGAGAGAGACAGUGCUAAGUCUCUUGCCCCGGGUAGUGGAGGGCAAAUGGAGGGUCAAGCCGGAAGCGAUGGACAAGAUCGGGGGCAGUCACCUUCAGCUCAGUCUCCCACGCAGCGCAUGGCCACGCCUCCACCCAAAAGCGAGGCUUUUGAGGAAUUCAAACAGGAAAGAGGCAGUGAAAUUAACAGGAUUCUCAAUCAAAAUAAAGAAAUUUUGCGAGAGAAAAAGAAAAAGGCUAAGGAACUGUCCUCGUCAGUCAACAGUCUUAUGGAAGAAAUCAACGACACCAAAGAAGUGUUGGAAACUCGUAAGCAAAACCGACUAGAGCAAGGGGAAUUUCGAACAGACGAUGGUCAAGUCAUUAUUGAUGAAGACGAAUACGAACUUGUUUGUAAAGCAAAAGAUCUAAAGUUGCGCUAUCGGCGUGACUAUGAAGAUCUGCUCAACACAAAAUCCGAAGUUACCUACUGCGAGAAGCUGGUCAAUCAAUGCAGACAUCGUCUCGUUACCGAGUUUGACAAUUGGUAUUCCGAAUCGUUCCUCGGAGCCGACGAUGAACCGAAGGGUGGUCGAGAAGGGCAAGUUCCCGAGGAUGAACAAGAGAAGUUUGAUCGACUUCAGUUAGAAUUAUUGAUGGAACAUCCUGAUUCUGUACCUUAUUACAAUGCUAAGAUGCAAACUGAACGGCGCAUGCACUUAACGGCCAGCGGAAGACAACAGAAGAAGAGGAAGCCUGGGGCUCUGAUAGCUACAGUACGAAACAAGCCACCAACAACACUGACGGUCACUUGAUCAAAUUCUUAAAAAAGAAA